UCUCAGCUCCGCCCUCACAGAUGGCAGCACCUCCUAGCCCACUCUAAGCGCAGAUGGCGUCACCGUCCGACAGCAGCGUGUACACUUUCCAAUAAAUUCCAGUGGCAACUCGCAUGUGGUACAAAAAGCAAAUGGUGGAAGCUGGGUUCGCGGCGUGUUGGCGGCCGUAGGGCCACAAAACUCUCUUCCUCUAGCUCUCGAAAAUCUCGAUCUCCUCCUCUUGACCGCAAUUAUGCGGAGCUAGCGGUUACCUCGCAGUCCUGCAAAAAGUGGCAAGCGCGAGUGCGUGCGGCAGCCAUAAGAGAGAAGAAGAUAGCAAAACAGCGAGUGUGGGCGCAGGUAGCCACAUAAGUAUAGCCCUCGACGAUGUAGAGGAUGAAAGUCCGUCCUCUCGUCAGCAGAUUCGAGUGUGUAACACAGGCGCACGAUGACUAGCGCCUUGCCUGUCAACGGUUUUAUCGGGCCGAAUGGCGUCCAGCCAGCUCUUGCUGAGCAAACGACCGGCGGAGGGGUCGUUUCUUCGGACAAGAGCAAAGAAUGGCAAAUGGAGCUGCUCAUGGAGAAGCUUCGCUCCAAGGCUUCUUCGUUCAAGUCCCUUGUCGAGACUGCCAAGAACAUACGCAUGGCUAUGCUGGACAAGAGGUUUGGAAUCGACAGCGUGGAGAAGAAUCAGCUGCAGAAGAGCUUGGAUGCGCUGCAGCACUCCAUCAGGGUUACAUCGUUGCAGUCCAUGAUAGAGCGACUGGAGAGUCUCUCUCGACAGUUAGGACUAAAGUUCGUGAUGUCUGGACCUCCGACUACCACCAACACAGAACUUUUCAUAUCCUCUGACAUGUUCUUCCUGGAGGUUCUACUGGAGCCAUCGGGAGCAGUCAAGGAUGUUAAAAUCCAUCACGAUGGAAAAAAUGAACAACAGAGCGAAGAGCUGGUUGCCUGUCUCUCUCGAGGAGAUUUUGUUGAUUUUACAACACAGUUAGAGGGUCUGGCAUCUAUCUAUCAACUGAACGCCGAUAAGAAAGUAAAGGGCAAAGCGUUUAGUGCUUUGCAAUCGUUAGAAACCGAUUUAGGAAUUUUGGCUGAGUUGCAAAAGUUUAUGAAGGAACCGUUUAAUGUUGUACAUAAAAGUCCUGUUGGGAUUCUUGAGAGAAGGAAGGGUGGACAUGCCAUGAAAUUGACCUAUUUCGUCUCGCCGUACGAUCUUAUAGAUCAGGAAAAUAAAAGCUGUGAAGCUUUAAGCUUAGAGGCUGUGAUAUCUAAAAAAGUUGGACAUUCCGUUACAGUUUGUUUGGAAGGAUCUACAGCUCACAAGCUGCCUACAUCGAGCAUCAUUACUGUAACCAGAACACCCACUGGCAAAAGCACACCUUCAUAUGCUUCGUUAACAAGUGCAAAUUCUUCAAUGCUACCAGCGUGCUUUGUAUUAAAACUUGCUAAGAAGAUGCCCAUGUGCUUAGAAUUGAUUAGGAAAAUACAAAAGGUUACAGACCUUGAAUGCACUGAUAUAUCAGUCCCUUAUCCUCUUUUGAGCAUGAUUGUUCAACACACGAGUGAUAAACAAUUAGAUUGUCAAAAUAAUAGAGGACUCACAGUUAGUCUUCCAGACCAACAGCACUGCUACUUCAUGACAGAAAAUAGGAAUAUGGAAGGAGUGUUAGUUGGCAGCAUACCCUUUACUCAUCCAGCUCACGUACCGCAGAUAUUAAAUGUUCUACGACAACAGGCUUUGUUUAAUACAUUAAUUUCGAGUUGUGUAAGACCGAUGGCAAGGCAAGACUCAGAACAUACCACGAUCUUCGAAGUAAGCGCUCUGUCCUGGCAAUGCAUAUCUGUCAGUUUGGAACAUCCCUUCGAAGAAACCUUGGCGACUGCCGAGUUAGAUCUGUCAGACAUUUCCGCCUUGAAAUGCAAACUCUAUGGAGUCAGCAUAACGAAUACAGAGCAAACAUCGGAUCUUGCAGGCAAGGUUCUGCAACGCUGUCUCAGCGUUCCACUAACUAUGCGAACCUUGAUCAAAGCCUGGGAGGGUCGAACCUUUAUGCUAAAUCCCAUUGGUGGCGGUAACAACGGCUUCAACAGCAAUCUAGGCACCGGACGAGAACAGAACAACCACAAUGGCUCGAACGUGCCAGAGUUCGGUAAUGAGGACAUUAUUAUCAAGCAAGAGCCGGGCACUGGAAUGAACGGCACGGGGUCAACGGGCAGGCAGCAACAGCAGCAGGCCCCGACGCAGCAACAGCAACCACAACAGAACCAACAACAAAACCAACAGCAGCAGCAGUCUUUUUUAGAGGCCGGAGCGGAGAAUAGUAUCGGGUUUCCGUCAUUUUCCGGCUCAUCCGAUACACCCCCUGUUGCAAUGCUAAACCCCCUUCAGUUGGGCGCGCUGUCGAGCACGCCGACGCCUUCAGGUGACGGGAAAAGCAAGAAGUCGCGCAAGCGAAAGGCCGCCGAUGGCUCUUGGAAGAGUCCCAAGCGGAAAAACGAUCUAGACUCCAACGAGAUUUUGCUGGAGAGCUCUAGUUCGGACUCCACGCCUCUGGGAACACCCACGGGUAGUAAGGACGUGAUGAACGACGCGCGCACCCCAACUCCUACAUCAGCCGCUAGCAUAGCUAGUGCUGGCUUGGAUUUAUCCAAUCUCGAUCCACUAGACGUCUUGAGCACGGAUAAAAGUUCGGACUACGACCUCGACAACGAUGCGGAGAUAAUGCAAGUCGAGCCAACAGUAGCAAGCCUUGAAGAGGCACUGAAGCGCGAGCGCAAACUGAAAAAGCGUGCCGAAGAGAAGCCGAGUCCCACGAACGUUUUUGAAGACAAUAAGACUCUGGUCUCGCCGUCUGUCAGCAUCACGCCGAUCUCGAGCGGGAGUUCUAGCCAGAGCGCCAGCUACAACUCUAUGCUGACGAGCAUUGGCCUGGACCGACGACCUGGUAUAGAGAUCAUACCCAUCGCAUCGUUGCCACAAACACCGCUACUCAACUCCAUUACCAUCACGGCUAUCAACAAUCCAGCCAAGUCGUCAACAUCCUCGAGCUCCACGGGCACAUCGUCCUCCUCGUCGGGAACGUCACAAGGGUUGGGGGACGAGCGAAGUAAAGAGCGCAAGAGCUCAAAAAACCGAUCGUCGAGUAGCAGCCUCGAGGACAAAAACAAACUAGAGAAGAAGCGAAAACGCAAGAGAGAAUCGAGUCCUAUGGGUCCACCGGGAAAGUUGCCGCUUAAGCAGGUCAGCAGCAAUGUCGAUCCGCUUUCAAAGCCCGUCUCGGUGAGCAUCAAACCGGCCUCGGAGUCACCGCCCUCCUCCGCUAGGCCGUCAUCGCCAGCCACCACCUUGCGUAAAUUCAGCCCGUCCCCGACUCGAAAUAAUCCCUUGGUUCUCGUCGGCAAAUCAAGCCCUACGUCGCUAAAGCAGUCGUCGUCAUCAAGUAGCUCCAGUGGAAGUACCGGUGGUAACGGUGCUGGUGGCGGAAGUGGAAGUAAACCUGUGCCAAGUCCAAAGCAUUCACCUGUUUACAGCAGCCCAAAGCACAUGUCAUCGAUGCCCAGUAGUAGCGUGAGUCCAAAGCAUGGUACGUCUUCUCCGAAGCAUGGAAACUCGGGCAGUGCGGGGAAGCCCAGUAUGUCUGCGCUCAAAUCUGCUGCCAAUUCACCUUCGGGCAAGAGCAGCGACGGCUCUGGUGUUUCGUCCAAAACGAAGAUUUCUUCUCUGCAGUCGUCGACGUCGCCAUCGUCAUCGGCCAUGAGUCUGUCUACUCUGUCAUCGUCGACAUCUUCGUCGUCCUCUUCAUCACUGAGUAGUAAAGAGUCCCGAGAUAAAGAGGCUCGCAAAACGUCGUCUCUAAUUUUUGGCAGCAGUAGUGGAAGCAGUUCGGGACACCAGAGCCCAAAGUCCAAGAGCAUUAGCUCGAAGCCCAAAGCCAUCGAUUCGGAGCAGCAACAAGCGUCUCUAUCAACCGGUAGCGGGGGCAGCACACCACCAUCUGACCCGAGCAAGUCAGCUUUGACAAGUACCCAACAGCAGCAACAGCAGGCGCGCAAUCGUAAAGGCUCGCUCAGUGCCGUUAUAGACAAGUUAAAAAACGCUCAACACUGCACCGACGAUGCAAUGAGCUCGUCGGGCUCGAAUCUCGCUCCAAGCUCUACAACGGGUGGGAGCAGCUCGUCGUCUUCAGCGAGCAACUCGGCAAGCAAAAACCCAUCGGACGCAAAGAAUCCAACAGAAUACAUGGUUAAACCCAGUUCAGAUGGCAUGAAGCUCACGAUUAACAAGACUCGCACGAAAGAUCUCAAGUCUAACAGCAGUGGCCUCAAGCUGUCGUCUGUGGCUCUAGGCGGCACGAGUGGCUCUGCAGGUGGGCUUACAAUUACACCUGUGACGAUGCCGGGUAACAUUUUGCCAAAGCUGUUCAGCGGACUAAAGGCGGGUGUGAUUUCAGGUCCCGUCUCGAGGAAACCACAGGUCCAGACCUCGGCAAAGGUUCGUUCUACCUCGCCUUUGACAUCCAGCAGUGGUAUGGGCAGCGGCAAGUCAGGCCUCGCUUCCGGUCAAAAACUCUCCAGUGGUGGUCUGAAAUCCAGCUCUGGUUCGGGUUUGCUAUCAUCAUCCUCAGGACUAGCAGGAAAGUCUCUGUCAGCGAAGUCCUUUUCGUCAACUGGUGGCAGUUCAAUGAAGCAGAGCUCGAUAGCUGCUGAAUUGGGCCGCGCACGAGACAAGGCAAGGUUCAAGACUGCGGGCGAUAAAUCGUUCGCUGGCAAAGGCAACGAUCUGCGUAAAUCGAUCCCUUCUACGGUGGAGAGCGAGAACGAAAAGGCGUUAAGACAGCAUCUAAAUUCAAACAUUCUCACAUCGUCAAUGAGUGGACUAUCCAAUCUGUCUGGACUUAUGGUCGAAGGUCUUAUUAAGCAACUGGACACAAAAUUUCAGAUUCCAAAACUGUCGGCGCGGGCUAAUGCGGCAGACAACGCCGAUAAACGCUCGGUAGACAAAGUAGACUCCGGUUCUAAGUCAUCGGACGCUCCUGGGAGAUCAUCACAGAUCAUGUCCAAUCCAGCGGUAUCAUCCUCCUCCAAUGUGCCCAAGCUCGAGGAAGCCCAUCCUGUGAUAGCGCACGGAGCUUCUAAUUCCGUCGUUGGUUACGGUGCAGGUAGUGCCUCAACGUCGAGCUCAUCAGCGAAUGCGAUUAGCGCUCACGAAUCCGACGUACCGACGAAUUUAUCCAUGCAACCUGAUGAAAGUCUGCAAAUGAAGGCGGAGGUGGGCAGCGGCAGGCCAUUUCUGAAUCCAAGUGGAGAGUCGAGUAAAGAGGGUAUGGACCUGGCGGGAAGUAAGCAUUCUUCGUACUCUAUGGGAAGCGACACUACUGGUAACCUUGAGAGCUUGAAUCUGGUUACGAAAGGUUCGGAAAAGUACAAAUCAUCAGACGACAAGGAUCAGCAACAGCAGCAGCAGCAGCAUGCAGUCUUUCACAGAUUACCUCAUGCUGACAAAAAAUCGGUGGAAUCGAGUAUAACAACACCAGCGAGUAUAACUCUCACUCCUAUACCACCGGUCUCCUCGUCAGCCUCAGCUGGCGGUAGCGGCACGAGUUCACAAGAAGCGGCUGAAAUGCUGCUGGAUUUUUCGACGCCGAAGGAAUCCGGGGGCGGUGGAGGCAGCGUCAGCAGUCUACCACUGAAGAGCGCGAUGUCCUUCGCGGCGUCGUCGUCGUCGCCGAUCAGAAAAAAUACGACGCCACCGCCCCCGCCACCUCCACCUCCACUACCACCGCCACCACCGCCUUCAGUGUCACCAGCGGUGCUUGCUGCAGUGCCACCGUCCGUAUCACCAAUUUCGAGCUUUCCCCAGAGUCCAUCUGUGAGUCUUCACAUUGUCAAGAGCCCGGCUCCCUCGCCGAGGGUCAUUCCGCUGUCCCCACACUCGGCCUCGCCCUGCAUAACCGACGACGAACUCAUGGACGAGGCGAUUGUCGGUGGGUUUCGGAUUCCGAAUCCUUAUUUCAUCAUGUAGAAUCGGCUCUUGAAACUGCGAAGCUACAGAGUACAACUGCCGUUCGCUAUGAUUCAUUAAGUUGGAAGAAACCGUGAUGUUAACGAACCAAAUUAAGUAAGAAUUAUAUUUUAAAAUUGUAUCAUUCGACGCUAUCUGUACAAUAUUAGAUCGACGUAUAAAUAGACUUUUUAUUUUUGA